AUGCCUCCCAAAAAGCAGUGGAUUGAUAAAAAGACCGCCACUACUUAUCAACUCUUUCAUCGAGCGCAGAAUGAUCCUUUGAUCCAUGACCCAAAUGCAGAUGACCGUGUGCUUCAUGCAGUGUCCGGACCCCCUGGUGCCAACCCGAACAUCGCAUCGUCAUCCAAGCCACUGAAGCAUCUCGCCGACCUUGAGCAAGAAUUUCAUGAUGAAUCCAUCCGAAAGAACGAAGGCGAGGCUGCAAACUAUGGCGUUUUCUAUGACGACACGAAAUAUGAUUAUAUGCAGCACUUGCGCGAGCUGGGGACGGGAACUGGAGAUUCGUACUUUGUCGAGGCUAAAUCUAAGGGAAAAGAAAAGAACAAAGGGUUGAGACUUGAGGAUGCGUUGCGUCAGGUGAACUUGGACGACACAAGGAGUGAAGUUGGAGGGGGUCCGGCGAGCGUGUACGGUGGCUCCAUGUACAGCUAUGACAUGCGGUCUACAGCUUCCUCGUACAUUCGGCAACCGACGUACCAAGAUCAGCAAGAUGUUCCUGAUGCGAUUGCCGGUUUCCAACCCAACAUGGACCCUCGCUUGCGUGAGGCCCUUGAAGCUCUUGAAGACGAGGCCUUUGUGGACGAGGAAGACGAUGAGGAUAUGUUCGGAAAACUGACGGAGAAUGCCGAGGAGAUUGAGACAGGAGAAUGGGAGGACUCCCUCUAUGACCAGGAGGGCUAUGAUGAUGAAGACGGAUGGGAGUCAGACGCAACUGAAAAGGCACCCAUUCAGAGAGAUACCUCCGAGCUUGCCCAGUUAGACGACAAAGAGCUCGCGCCUGGAGAAUUACCCGGCCACGGGGAAGCCGUGCCGGAUAUGCACCCAGAUGACCAAGGCUGGAUGCGCGAGUUUGCCAAGUUCAAGAAAGACGGCAAGCCCAAGGGCCCCGCGGCUGCGCCGACCAUCGCUCCCUCCGAGCAACGCACACAGGCGUCUACCAUCUUCACAGUCGGGGGUACUCCUAUUCGCCGCAAGAAGCGCAAGGGCGCGCUGACCAACCCGUCCGCAUACUCGAUGACCUCUUCCGCACUGGCACGCACAGAGGGCCACCGGCUUCUCGACGAUCGCUUUGAGCGAAUCGAGGCCCUCUAUUCCCUUGACGAGGAAGGCGAGGAAUACGACGACAGCAUGUCCUUGGCGAGCGGGAUGACAGGAAUGACGGGCAUGACGGGUAUGACAGGCAUGUCGACCGCCUCCUCUGUGGCUCCUAGCUUGGUCUCCGCUGGCGGAGAUGGCCCUCUUCCAACCAACUUCCACUCGGUGAUGGAUGAUUUCCUCGCCGGGUGGGAUGGCAACACUGGCCCUCAAGCGAAGCGAAAGGGCGUCAAGGCCAAACGGGGCAAGAAUGGAAACGAGGCUAUUGGCAUCAAGAUGCUCGAUGAGAUCAGACAGGGUCUCGGCCCGGCCAAGCUCUCGACCAGCAAAGUGCCUGGGAAGGCAUAA